GUUGGUGGUCACAUGUUUUUAAAUUUCAAAAAGCUGUCUGCUAACGUUUUGUAUUGCUCAUGUGCUUAUUGUCUAUUGUUAUACAGAGGAGUUCAUGUCUGGUAAAAGAAUAUUAUUGAUCGAACCCUUUUAUGGUGGUUCUCAUAAACAAGUUAUUGAUUUGAUUUAUUGCUUAUUUCCAAGUAUAUCUUCUAUACAUACGAUGCCGGCAAAAAAGUGGCACUGGAAAGCCUUGACUUCUCCACUGCAUUUAGCUCAAACAAUACCUAAAGAGCAUGACUUCUGUGUUUUAUUUGCAAGUUCUGUUCUACCUUUAGCAGAAUUUACAGCCUUAAGACCUGAUCUUGCUAGGUUGCAUAAAAUUGUAUAUUUUCAUGAAAAUCAAUUAGUAUAUCCAGUUCAAGAGAGAAAGCAAAGAUAUUUUCAGCAUGGUUAUAAUGAUGUAUUAACAUGUUUAGUAGCUGACAAAGUUUUGUUUAAUUCAUAUUUUAAUAAGGAAUCAUUGCUCAGCAAUUUGUCUACUUUUUUCAAUAUAAUGCCAGACUACAGACCAAAGAACCUGGAGGAUUUAAUUCGGCCUAAAUGUGAAAUUUUGUACUUCCCUAUUGACAUUCCAAAACGUAAUGUUAGGGAAAGUGGUGCUGUCUUCCAGAAUUGUAGUGAAAAAAGGAAAGAGAAAUUACAAGAAAAACUCCACAUUGUUUGGCCUCAUCGGUGGGAGCAUGACAAAGAUCCUGAAACAUUUUUUUCUGUCAUAUUCCGCCUUAAAGAUUCUGGUGAGGACUUUUAUUUAUCUGUUAUUGGAGAAACAUAUUCAGAAAAACCAAAAAUAUUUGAGGAGGCUGAAUUGCGACUGAGAGAGAAUAUAAUUAACUGGGGCUACAAAGAAUCGAAAACAGAAUAUUUUCAAGUGCUACACUCUGCUGAUGUUGCUGUUUCUACUGCAGUUCAUGAAUUUUUUGGAGUAUCUAUGAUUGAAGCUGCUUACUUUGGGUGUUAUCCACUCUGUCCUAAAAAACUAGCUUAUCCAGAAAUAUACCCAGAUAAAUAUCUGUAUAAUACACCUAACCAACUCUACAAAAGAUUAAAAUACUUUUGCAAAAAUCCUCUUGCUGCAAGAAACCAUAAAAAUGAAGUGGAUUUUUCUAAAUUUUCCUGGGAGACAAUGAAGACACAAUAUAUGAAAAUUUUCACCGAUUGUAUUAAUUAGCAUUAGUUUUAUUGCUUUAUCAAUCUUACAUAUAUAUUCUAUUUGAUAUGUAUAGUUCCAUUUG